AUGAGUAUUUUUAUUAAGAGGAAAGGCAAAAAAGAUCUGCGGUUGUUGCAAAACCAUGUACAUCAUGACUCUGUUUUAGAUAAAACGUAUGAAGAUCCAGAAACCUUAAAGUUUCUUCAGGAUGUCCACAAUUUAAUGGUUGAAGAAGCUCUAGUAAAAGGAACCAAACGGGAAACACCGGUUAUAGAAUUUCAACACCCAGAAGAGUUGAAGAAACUAUUAAACCUACCAAUUGGAAAAGAAGGGACAUCGAAUGCUGAUAUUUUAGAAGAUUGUAAACGUAUCCUCAAAUAUAGUGUCAAAACAGGUAGUCUACAGUUUUAUAACCAACUGUACAGUGGAGUAGAACCCUACAGUCUGGCUGGUUCUUGGGUCACAGAUUCUUUGAAUACUAAUUUACACACCUUUGAAGUAGCCCCAGUAUUUGUUAUAUUAGAACAAUAUAUGGUUCAGAAAAUAUGCAAAUUAAUUGGAUUUGAAAAUGGCGACGGUGUUUUCGGAGCUGGUGGAUCUUUUUGUAAUUUAAUGGCGACACACUUAGCUAGAUACCAUCGCUUCCCAGACAUGAAAACUAAAGGAAUGUACGACCAACCCAAAUUAGAUCUUUAUGCAUCUGAUCAAGCUCACUAUUCACUAUUAAAAGCAGGUGGAUAUCUUGGAUUUGGUACAGAACAUAUUAUCAAUGUUAAAACUGACGAUAAAGGUUGUAUGAUAGUCUCAGAUCUAGAAGCUAAGAUCGAAGAUUCCAAGAAAAAAGCAAAAUGCAAUACUGACUUGUUAUUUACAUAUUUUCAGGGAAACGUGCCGUUCUUUGUAAUGGGUACAUGUGGAAGUACAGUAUUAGGUGCCUACGAUGAUCUAAAUGCAGUAGCUGAUGUUUGUAAGAAAAACAACAUCUGGUUCCAUGUAGACGGCGCCUGGGGUGGUGGAGCCCUCUUGUCUUCGAAACACAGACAUUUAAUGAAAGGAGUAGAAAGGGCUGACUCAGUUGCAUUGAAUUUUCAUAAGAUGGUCGGUGCUCAAAUUCAAUGUUCUGCAAUUUUUGUGAAAGUAAAGGGUCUACUGGAGAAAACAAACAGAGCUUAUGCUGAAUAUCUCUUCCAACCCGAUAAAUUCUAUGACACGUCGUAUGAUAUAGGUGAUAAAACUGUACAAUGUGGUAGGAAAGUUGAUGUAACAAAAUUGUGGUUAUUAUGGAAGGGGAAAGGUGACAAAGGUUUAGAAGAAAGAGUCGAUAAUGCCUUUGAUAAUGCUCAGUACCUUACUAAGAAAAUUAACGAAACAGAAGGAUUCAGAUCCGUUUUACCUGAGUAUCAAUGUACGAAUAUUUGUUUCUGGUAUAUUCCACCCAGUUUGAGGGGACAAAAGGAAACACCUGAAUGGUGGGAAAAACUAGGAAAGAUAUCGCCAAUAAUCAAAGAGAGAAUGAUAAAGGAAGGUAGUUUAAUGAUUGGUUUUGUUCCCAUCAAGAUGAAAGGCCUGGUGAACUUCUUUAGAAUCAUUGUGAUCAACCCAGCUUGUGAGCAUUCUGAUAUGGACAGAAUUUUAUCAGAAAUAGAUCGACUUGGAUCGGAUCUGUAA